AUGGCGAGGAGCAGCAGCGGCAGUGAGGAGGACGAGUGAGGAGUCCGGAGCACUGAGGGCACCAUUCAUUCCGUCCCUCAUUCCUUCCUUCUGUGUUUGUGUGUGUUUUUGGGGCAUCGUUGCGGUGCCAUUGUGGGAUUGCAUUGCAUUGCCUGGCAUUGGGCAUCCUCAUCCUCACCAUGUUUGGAAGAUCGGCGGCGCUGCUGGUGCGGGAGCUCACCACCGACGACCACCACCUUCGCCGCUUCAACGAUUGUGAUGACAGUAUGAUUUGUUCGACAAAGUCAUCUCGGAGAUUCAAGAACACUUUCAGCAAGUGACGACAAUCAUGGAGAAAAUGCAGGGAGAAAAUGAGGAUGGGCAAAUAUCUUCGGCAGAUGAGAACUACAAUGGGGCUCUGAUUCAUCAUCAAAGUAUACUUCGGAACAAGCGAUGCCUGUUAGCUUACAUGUAUCAUCGUGCGAAUAGGUUACAGCGCCUGAGAUGGCAGCUGGGCGCUGUGCUUCCGGAAGAUGUUAAAGAGCUCCUACAUCCAUCGGAGAAGGAGUUCGUCAAAAGCUACUCUGAAGCCUUGAGUUCUUACAUGACAAAAUUGGACAUUGAUCUCGCUGUGGACAUCACACCACCGAAGGACCCCUACAUCCAAGUAAGAGUAUUGAACAACAUAGGCGAGGUACUGUUGGGCGACCAAUCGACGUCCUUGGUGCGGAAUUCUAUCCAUUUUGUAAAACGAAGUGAAGCCGAGACUCUUAUUUCACAGGGCUUGUUGGAGGAAUUCACAGGGUGACUCCAAACCCUUACUAGCUCUUGCGUGAGAAAAAUCUCUGGGCGAGGACUUCAGCCACCAUGGCCACGCUGCGUUCACGCUGUGGAGCUUAUCAUGUUGCACUGUCUGGUUGAAGCAAGCUAGCGCUGCCCAGUGUCUCAAGACGCUCAAGGCUGUAAUCAAUGAACCGUAAUAGGAUCAGAUGCUGAACAUAAAUCUUCGAAUGCUGAGCUUGCUCAAGUAUUAUCAAGCAUGAGCAGUCCACAAUUGGGUUGUAACUGUUCCUUGCCUUGGUUCUUCCUCCCCAAUUCUGAAUCAUGGAAGCCAGAACAGAAUUGCAGUACCCAUAAAUGAGGUAGUCAUCUGUCUGGUCUGCGCCGGAGCUGAAGUUGCUUUAUUACUGAAGUUAUCCUUGAAAUGGUUUUAGUUAUAUAAGUGGACAAAACAUCAGGCGUAAUGAUCACCGCUUCGAUAUUUUAGCACUCUUAUUCGUCUGCUUCACUCUUUCAUGGAUGAUAGAGUAUUUUCUGAAGAACCUCGAUGCUUUGCAUGCGUAGGAAACAGCUUUUUAUGAGGGAAUUACAACAUUCUUUACAUUAAUUGAAUUCAACCACAAUCUUGUAGCACUUCCAGCUUUACAGAAGGAAUUAUACCAAUUAAAUUUCUUUUGUCA